AUGUCAAUUCAUUGUUUACGAAGAUUAUCGAUAAAAAAUAUCUCUCGACAAUUUCAAACAUCGACUUUAUAUUUGUCGAAUGAUAUAUUUCGUGUACAAGAUGAAAUAGAUUUUCAAAAACAAGUUCUCGAUAGUAGAAAACCAUUUAUUGUAAAUUUUCAUGCUAGUUGGUGUGGACCAUGUAGAAUCCUAGAACCAAGAUUAGAGAAAAUAAUUACGAAUUAUAAUAAAAAUGUCGACACAUCAUCCGGUGAUCAAUAUAUUGUAUUGGCGAAAGUAGAUGUAGAUAAAUUCGGUGAUUUAAGUCAUAAAUAUAAUGUAAAAGCAGUACCAACAGUAGUGGCUAUUAAAAAUGGUAAAGAAAUUAGUCGAUUUACUGGUGUUAUUGAUGAAGAUAGGAUUGAAUCGAUACUUGAUCAACUCAAUCGAUAA